AUGGUCUUUAUGGGCAUGUCUAAGCUGGCAAAGGGGAGACUGUUUGUAAAUGCAAUCAAAUCCAAUACAUAUUACCUGUUGCUCCAUUGCUGUAUUAGCAAAAUAAAGUGUUUAAUUCCCUUUUUAAAGCAGAGAGCUUUUGUUGACGAUUCUUUCGAAUCAGCAGAGGAGGAUUGCUGUGGAGAUUGUGAUGGUUGCCAGUGUUGUAGCAGAAGAGCUAUCUGUAUCUCCUCUGUUGUACUACUGGUUCUUGCCCUGGCAGUGGUUGGUGUCAUUCUCACUUUAAUCUUUGGUGUUCCAAAACGUCCUCCUGUGAAUCGUGCCUGCAGGACAGCAGACAACAGGACAGGGUUCUUGUGUGAUGACCGAGUGACUUGCAUCCCACCCUCUGAUCUGUGUGACGGGGCUGUGAACUGUCAGAGCGGUGCUGACGAGGACAAAGACAUGUGCAGUGAUCUACCUGACAGCCUUCCAGCAGGUCUAGUGUUUCGAUGUGGAAACCCUCAGUUUUGGAUCUUUAUUGACAAAAAAUGUAAUCACAUCAAUGACUGUGGGGACUGCUCCGAUGAGAUCGGAGUCUAUGCUGGAUGUCCACCCACCUGUAGGGUAGGAUGGUGGUUCUGUACCCCAGUGGAAUUCCAGUACUGCAAUUGCAUUCCUCGUAGUUUAUGCCGAAAUGGCCAGCAGAACUGCUUUGAUUGGUCUGAUGAGUACAUCUGCCCUAAACCCAGCUAGCCACUAUGCACCUG